UGCUGGAUUAUGCACAACGAAUCGGUUGUAAACUAAAAUAAUAAAAUAAUAAGAUACUUUGUUUGCUAGAUUCGCGUUUCCUUGCCUAAGAUUAUGUAAAAAGAAAUGAGUACCGGGACUGAACAGAUAUUUCUGCCUGAUUCCGCGAGCAACUUGCCUCACGGAAUCGAAAUGAGGGCGAUGAGGCCAGGUAAUGGAGCGCCGACAAUCAACACAACCAAUCUUGAGAAUGUGUCGGACUUCUCAAAGGUGUGUCGUGUGUGUGCGACUGUCACGGAGCUGGUGGUUCCCAUCUACGGAGAAGAGGGCCUGCGCAUGAACCUUGCUGAUAAAAUAAAGAGACAUCUGCCUAUCAAGGUAACGGAGAAUGAUGUGCUGCCCCUGGUGGUAUGCUUCCAAUGCACCAGCACCCUCCUGGCGACGCACGAGCUGGUGGCAUGCAGCCUGCAGGCCGACGCGGCGCUGCGCACUGCAUGCGCUCAGCGAGAGCGUCAGGCGCAGCAGUCCCAGCAGCGGCAGGAGCAGGCGAUGGACGCGGAGGGUUUCGCAGAGGACCGACCAGACGACUACCGGCGCUGCGAGUUCUGCCCCCUCGUGGUGCUCGGCGCGCUCUACAACAGCCACCUGCUGGGCCGCCACGCCGACCUCGUGUUCCACUGCGACGAGUGCACCUCGUACGUCGCCCGCAGACAGUUCCUCGCGCACAUGACCCGCCACGCGCACCAGGUAUGUUACCUCACCCCUCUACAACAGCCCCCUGCUGGCCACCUGCUGGGCCGCCACGCCGACCUCGUGUUCCACUGCGACGAGUGCAACUCGUACGUCGCCCGCAGACAGUUCCUCGCGCACAUGACCCGCCACGCGCACCAGUGUGUUACCUCACCCCUCUACAACAGCCCCCUGCUGGGCCGCCACGCCGACCUCGUGUUCCACUGCGACGAGUGCAACUCGUGUGUUACCUCACCCCUCUACAACAGCCACCUGCUGGGCCGCCACGCCGACCUCGUGUUCCACUGCGACGAGUGCAACUCGUACGUCGCCCGCAGGCAGUUCCUCGCGCACAUGACCCGCCACGCGCACCAGUACGAUGCGGAAGGGCGCCGCGCGGCCCCCAAGCCCGCCGCCGCGCCGCCGUACUCCCCGCCCUCCCCCGCGCCCUGCCCCGCCGUCACCACCACCGCGGCCGCCGACUCCACCACCGCCUCCUCCUCGCCCACCUCCGACCCCUGCAGCGACGGCGACGACGAGCGGGAGGACACUCCGCCACCCGAGCCGGAGCCGAGCGACACACGUGAUAAUCCUCAACUAAAUCCUGGCCCGGACCGGCUCAAUGUGGCGACCGGGUCGAAUGCAUCGCCCGGCCCGAAUGCAGCGGCCCGGUCGAUUUCGACGCCUGAACCCGUUCAAUCAAGCUCCGUGGCGAUUAAUGAUCCUGUUGAAAAUCCUGUGCCGGCUCCAAUAAAUCAGCCCGAGUCUAACGCGCAGGUUGAAGAAACUAAUGAGUCUAAGCCCAAAAAGACGCCGGUUGUCCGCCAAUGCCCCCACUGCCCUAAGACCUACACGGCUUCCUCCAGCUACUUCUACCAUCUAAAGUACACGCACGGUAAGAGCCGCGAGCACGAGUGUCCCACCUGCGGCCGCCGCUUCGGCACCCGCGGCGCGCUGCGCGAACAUUCCUCCCUGCACGAGCCGACGCAAGGCCUACAGUGCGAGCAGUGCGGGAAACGCUUCCGGACCAAGGCGGGUCGGUAUAUACACGCGCAAACGCAUAAAGAUGAGAAAGAAAAGAGAUUUGAAUGCGCUGAAUGUGGACGAGCGUUCCGCUGGCGCACGGAGCUCAAACGCCACGUGACUAGACAUGCUGCGAACCGUACGCACGCAUGCGAGUGUGGACGCGCCUUCUCUGUGCGUGCCGAUUUGUUAAGACACGCUCGCACGCACAGACGUGCUGCGCAUUUGUGCCCGCACGCGGGAUGCUGCGCCACGUUUGCGCAACCGCGCUACCUGCGCGCGCACGUGGCGCGCAAACACGCACCCGCGCCGGACAAGGCGCAGGCGCAGCGCAAGUCUGCGUAAACUGACUGUUAACAUGUUCACUGUCGCGUGCCCUCACAUAUGGGUCACGGCAAGCCUCUAUUACAAAACUGUAAGGUUGAGCGUUGGGACAGUGAUCGUGUUAAGACUUUGUAGCAUACGUCUACUAUGUCUAUAACUAUUAGAUUACAUUCCUUAUUUUAGGUCGGUUUUCUACCUAAAAUAGGUAUGGAAUGGAUAUCCUUUCCAUUAAAAUUUCACAUGCUGAUCUAGAAUCUUUAAUGAAUGUGUGGCAACAUUGUUGCGGGUUCGACCCUUUGUCUUCAAUCAACAAAAUCUCUUCUAUAAUAGUGGACGUAUGCUCGUCGAAGCAUCGUUUCUAUUAUCAAAUUAUUACUGUGCCGCCGACUGAGAGUCAUUAUAAUCAAUAUACUUAUUUCUAUCUUAAAGUAAUAGUAGCAGCCAAAGAUAUAAAGGAAUAAUUUCCGCUUUGGCAGAAGUAUUUGAAGGAACGGGAGAAAUUUAAUAUUACUCGUAUCGCAUGGCGUAUGAUUCGCGUUUAGGAUAAGGAUACAGGUCGCCUCCGACUUUGGGGCUAUAAAUGCAAAAGCAAGGGCGGUUCCAGUCCCAACUAACAUUUUUGUCUACAACUUUAUUUACUUUACUUAUUAACUUAAGGUAUAAUAGAGGUUUAAAAUCUCAUGUCAGAGAUUACAGAUCCACUUUAUUAUUAUUUAAAUCGUUCUCUUUAGUUAUUCUAAAUAAUAUUUUCGUUGUUUUAUUUCCUUUACGGAAAUCUUGAAUGUAACUGAAAAGUUGCAAAUUAUGAUUAAUUUAUGUUGCAAUCGUUUCACAAAAUUCUAUCUUUGUUAUUAUUUAGUUGAUAAUUACCUAUAUUAUUAUUAUACGUAGGUAUAUGAAUGUGAUGUGAUUUAGAAUCUGAUUCUGUCAACAUAGAUGUAAGACUGAAUAUGUAUGUAAGUGUAUAAACAUAAGAACGCUUGGUAAGAAUAAAAUACUUCUUUUCGGCA